UUAUAAGUAAUAAAAUGAUCAACGCCACCUCAGACCUGGUCCGUGACAGCAACUAAACGACGCCACCUGUGGAUGUCGCCACCUUCAAACAAACUGGCCCUAUCAAGUCAACCAUGCACUAACAAACAGCUGCAACAAUCACCACAGCAACAGCCUUGUCAACUCAGUAAACGUGCCAACCAAACCAGCAGCCAAACCCCGCAAAAAUGUCGAAGGUAAAAACCGCAAUCUCGGAGAAGGUGAUAGUGGAACCCAGCCCCAUCCACCAUAUCAGAAUCACCUUGACGUCACGCAACGUCAGGGCGGUGGAGAAGGUGUGCUCGUCGCUCGUAGAAGCGGCCCGCAAGCACAAGCUGCGUGCCAAAGGUCCAGUGCGCAUGCCCACUAAGAUACUGCGAGUGACCACACGCAAGACGCCCUGCGGCGAGGGCUCCAAGACCUGGGACCGUUACCAGAUGCGGAUUCACAAGAGGGUGAUCGACCUACACUCGCCUUCCGAGGUGGUCAAGCAAAUUACGUCCAUCGACAUUGAGCCAGGAGUGGAGGUGGAAGUCACCAUUGCCGACGUUUAAUUACCGUACCAUUUCAUUUUUUAAUUCAAUUGUACCUCGUUUAUUUGAAUAAAUUGCUUAAAUAAAAGCUCAAGUUUUAUUUUUUAAAAUAAAAUACUAAUGAAACCUUUUAAAGUAGCAGAAAUAUUAAGAAAACACCACAAAUAUUAGUUGGAUGGGACAAAUGCCUUAAAAAUGUAGUUUAAAAUGUAAAUAAAAUGUUAAAAAAUAUUAAGAAA